GAUUCCUCAGGGGCCUGGUCUCAGUGAAGCAGUCCUGCUGGCAAAAAGGGACCAUGGCUAAUAAAACCCAGCAGGUUGCUGGCAUCCAUUUCCCUUUUCCCUUCACACCAUAUUCCAUCCAGAAGGACUUCAUGGCCGAACUAUACCAGGUGUUGGAGGCUGGCAAGAUUGGGAUAUUUGAGAGUCCAACCGGCACUGGAAAAUCCUUAAGCCUUAUCUGUGGAGCCCUUUCCUGGCUCCGUGACUUUGAACAGAAGAAACGUCAAGAGGAGGCACGUCUCCUUGAAACUGGAACUGUCCCCUUAAAUGCCGGGAAGGACCAGCCGCCGUCUCUUGCAUCCUCCUGCCAAGAGACCCCAGACACCCUGAGGCCUGCUGGGGAGCCUGACUGGGUUACUCAGUUUGUGCAGAAGAAGGAAGAAAGGGAGCUGGUGGACCGACUCAAGGAGGAGCAGGUCAGGAGGAAGAAACGAGAAGAACGCCUGCGGCAUAUCCGUCACAAUGCACAGCUCAAGUAUGCAGCCAAGCGCGCGAGACAAGAAGAAGAAGAAACAGAGCGUCUCCUCCGCCUCAGCAGGGAGAUGCUGGCAGCGGGAACAGGGGCUGAGCAGCUAGAGCAACUAGCAUCUGGGGAGGAGGAGCUGGUCCUUGCCGAGUAUGAGAGUGACGAGGAGAAAGGAACAGCUAGUGGAGUAGAUGAGGACGAGGAUGACUUGGAGGAAGAACAUGUAACUAAGAUUUAUUACUGCAGUCGGACGCACUCCCAGUUGGCCCAGUUUGUGCACGAGGUACAGAAGAGCCCCUUUGGGAAGGACACCCGGCUUGUCUCUCUCGGCUCUCGGCAGAACCUUUGUGUAAACGAAGAUGUGAAACACCUGGGUUCUGUGCAGCUUAUCAACGACCGCUGCGUGGAGAUGCAGAGGAGCAAGCAUGAGAGGAAGAGCGAAGCUGAGGAAGAGAAGCCCAAGAGGAGAAGGCAGGAGCCCCGGGCCGCCUGCCCCUUCUACAACUACGAGCAGCUGCAGCUCCUCCGGGACGAGGUCCUGGUGGAGGUGAAGGACAUUGAGCAGUUGGUGACGCUGGGGAAGGAGGCUCAGGCCUGUCCCUAUUACGGGAGCCGGUUUGCCAUUCCAGCAGCCCAGCUGGUGGUGCUGCCCUACCAGAUGCUGCUGCACGCGGCCACCCGGCAGGCCUCAGGGAUCCGGCUGCAGGGCCAGGUGGUUGUCAUCGACGAGGCGCACAACCUGAUCGACACCAUCACUGGCAUCCACAGUGCGGAGGUCAGCGGCUCCCAGCUGUGCCAGGCCCAUUCCCAGUUGCUCCAGUAUAUGGAACGAUACGGGAAGCGUUUGAAGGCCAAGAACCUGAUGUACAUCAAACAGAUCCUGUAUCUGCUGGAGAAGUUCGUGACUGUGCUAGGUGGGAACAUUAAGCAAAACCCCAAUACCCAGAGCCUCUCGCAGACAGGGACAGAGCUGAAGACCAUCAAUGACUUUCUCUUUCUGAGCCAGAUUGACAACAUCAACCUGUUCAAGGUGCAGCGCUACUGUGAGAAGAGCAUGGUCAGCAGAAAGCUCUUUGGCUUCACAGAAAGGUAUGGAGCGGUCCUCACACCCUCCAGGGAGCAGCCCAGACUGGCUGGGUUCCAGCACUUCCUGCAGAGCCUGCAGCCUGGGGGGACUAAGGCUCCUGCAGCCCCCAUAGAGGAGGAGGAGGCCAGGGCGCUGCGGCCUGCUUCCCCGCUGAUGCACAUCGAAGGCUUCCUUGCAGCUCUCACCGCUGCCAACCAGGACGGCAGGGUCAUCCUGAGCCGCCGAGGCAGCCUCAGUCAAAGCAGCCUCAAAUUCUUGCUCCUGAAUCCAGCUGUGCCCUUUGCCCAGGUGGUGAAGGAAUGCCGGGCAGUGGUCAUUGCAGGGGGCACCAUGCAGCCGGUGUCCGACUUCCGGGAGCAGCUGCUGGCGUGUGCUGGGGCGGAAGCUGAGCGCGUGGUGGAGUUUUCCUGUGGUCACGUGAUCCCUCCAGACAAUAUCCUCCCCCUCGUCAUCUGCAGUGGGCCUUCCAACCAGCAGCUGGAAUUCACAUACCAGAAGAGAGAGCUGCCUCAGAUGAUGCUUGAAACGGGUCGCAUUCUCUGUAACCUGUGCAACGUGGUCCCUGGAGGGGUGGUCUGUUUCUUCCCCUCCUAUGAGUACCAACGCCAGGUCCAUGCCCACUGGGACGAGAGUGGCCUGCUGGCCCGCCUGGCUGUCAGAAAAAAGAUAUUUCAGGAACCUAAGAGAGCAAACCAGGUGGAGCAGGUGCUGAUGGAGUAUUCCAAGUGCAUUCAGUGCUGUGGCCAGGCGGGAGGCACUGUGACAGGGGCCCUGCUCCUCUCUGUGGUUGGAGGAAAGAUGAGUGAAGGCAUCAACUUCUCUGACGACCUUGGCCGGUGUGUGGUUAUGGUGGGCAUGCCCUACCCCAACAUCAAGUCUCCAGAGCUACAAGAGAAGAUGGCCUACCUAGAUCAGACCCUUCCCAGGACGCCAGGUCAGGCCCCUCCAGGGAAGGCUUUGGUGGAGAAUCUGUGUAUGAAGGCUGUCAACCAGUCUAUAGGCAGGGCCAUCAGGCACCAGAAGGACUUUGCCAGCAUAGUGCUCCUGGACCAGCGGUAUGCCCGCCCACCUGUCCUGGCAAAGCUGCCAGCCUGGAUCCGAGACCGCGUGGAGGUCAAAGCCACGUUUGGCCCUGCCCUUGCUGCUAUGCGAAAGUUUCAUCGUGAGAGGUCUGGCCCUUCCUGAUGGAUGGCCGCGCCGCUGCCUGAUCACUAGGCUCGCUCUUCACCCUGCAAAUUUGAAACGUUUGUCUUGGGCCUGAUCUGCAGGGAUCUUGCUUAAGAAGGUGAAACCCAGGUGGAGAGUGUCAAGUCUAGACCAGCCCCUUCUGGCAUCAGUGGGCUGCCAGGACCCAGGCACAGGUGGUAAAGCCAA